AUGAACAAUGGCCAAAAGACCCGCAGACUUUUCUAUGGGGAGAUCAUAUACUCCUUCGCCAAAGAUGAGGAGGUCAACAUUCUCCAUUGCCUAGGAUAUGUCAAGCAAUGUGCAAAGUUCUUUGAUGUCUUGCACCACAAGCGCGCCUGGAUGAGAUUGAUUGUUGCCCACCAUCUUGGUGCAUCUCCUAAUGCUUGCUAUGUGGCUGGCCCUGAGGACUGGAUCUAUGGCAGCUUCAAUGUCUGUAUUCCAGUCACUGUCUCCUCAAGCUGGAGGAGGAAAAGGCAAAGACUGAUGCUCUGGUUUCCACUUCCAUAUUGUGUCAGUGACCACUUUUGCCCGGGAAAUAGCAAUGAGAAGCUUUGA